AUGAACCUCUCCCACCUCCUCACCCCACAUCUCACCACAGGCUGGCAGAGGACACGAGCUACAAGGGUCACCAGCAGGUCCCUGUUGUCCACACCAGGACACGGCCACCCCCUCAGCUCCACGGGCUUCCCUCAGGCAGGAGACCUGUGCAACUGCAGUGCUGUGGGGAGUGACAGUGCAGCUGGAUGCAACAGCACGACGGGGCAGUGCUCCUGCCUGGCUGGGUACACGGGGCUGCAGUGCCAGGACUGUGCCCAGGGCUUCCACCUGGAGCAGGGUGACCAGCGGUGCCGUCCCUGUGGCUGCAACCUCAGUGGCUCCAGCAGCGCCCAGUGUGAUGGCUCUGGGAAGUGCCAGUGUAAAGUUGGUGUCACAGGCCUGAAGUGUGACCAGUGCAGUGAUGGAUACUACAGGUUUAACAAAACCACCUGUGAGCCCUGCCAGUGCAACAACCACUCCAAAACCUGCCACAGCUUCACAGGCACCUGCCUGCACUGCCAGGAAAACACUGAGGGGGACCACUGUGAGCUCUGCAAGGAGGGCUUCUACAGCAGCACCCACCCUGCCCACGCCUGCCAUCGCUGCCCGUGCUCCACCGUGGCAUCCACCGGCACCUGCCAAAUAUACCCUGGUGAAACUGCCCCAAGGUGUGACAAAUGCAAAACUGGGUACACUGGCCCCAACUGCAACCAGUGUGACAAUGGCUACUACAACUCUGACAGCAUCUGUGUGAGGUGUCACUGCAAUGGGAACGUGGACCCGGCGCGCUCGCCCAGCGUGUGCCGGCCGGACAGCGGGGAGUGCAUCGGCUGCCUGUACCACACUGCUGGCUUCCACUGCCAGGAGUGUGAGGAGGGCUACACCCGAGACCCUGAGGGGACAAACUGCACCAAGAAAGAAGCCACUCCUGGCCCAGAAACAAGGGAGUUUACAACUUCUGCUCCAAAUGCCAGCAAGGCAACUUCAUUCUCAACAGCAGUGAUAAACAGUACAUUGUCACCAACAACUAUACAGACCAUAUUUCCCAUCAGUUCUUCUGAAAACAGCACCUCUGCUUUUGCAGAUGUUUCCUGGACUCAGUUUAACAUCAUUAUCUUGACAGUCAUCAUCAUUGUUGUGGUCCUCCUGAUGGGCUUUGUGGGUGCUGUCUACAUGUACCGUGAGUAUCAGAACAGGAAACUGAAUGCUCCUUUUUGGACCAUUGAACUCAAAGAGGACAACAUCAGUUUCAGCAGCUACCACGACAGCAUUCCCAACGCUGACGUUUCGGGGCUGCUGGAAGAUGAUGGGAAUGAAGUGGCACCCAAUGGGCAGCUGACCCUGACCACUCCCAUGCAUAACUAUAAAGUGUAGGAAAAGCAGCGAUCCAGCUAUUCCCGAGUUGGCUUGAAAAAGUUACAGGGCUUGUUGA